CGUAUUUAUAAACAGAGAGCUAGCUAGCAUGGGGAGAUGAGAGCAUGUGAAUCUCUGCCAUUUCAUUUGCUGAAUUGCGCCACCACCAAUGUCUCGUCUGUCUUUCUUGCUCCUCCUCCUCCUCCUCCUCCUCCUCAACCUCCACAUCUGCUACGCUGCUGCUGCUGAUGACUCACUCAAAUUUGAGAACCCAAGGCUUGCCAAGGCUUACACCGCCCUCCAAGCCUGGAAGUCUGCCAUCUUCUCGGACCCAUUCAACUUCACCUCGAACUGGAACGGGUCGGACGUGUGCUCCUACAUGGGAGUCUUCUGCACCGCCCUCCCCUCAAUCGGGCGUGUUGUCGCCGGCAUUGACCUCAACCACGCUGACAUUGCCGGCUACCUGCCUCCAGAGUUAGGCCUCCUCUCCGACCUCGCUCUCUUCCACAUCAACUCCAACCGCUUCUGCGGCGUCGUCCCCACAAGCUUUCGGCGACUAAAGCUGCUCCAUGAGCUGGAUCUCAGCAACAACCGCUUUGUGGGGAACUUCCCCAAAGUGGUGCUCUCCUUGCCUUCCCUCAAGUACUUGGAUCUCCGUUUUAACGAGUUCGAAGGCUCCGUUCCUUCCCAGCUCUUCGACAAGGAUCUCGAUGCCAUUUUCCUCAACGACAACAGGUUCCACUUCGGCAUCCCUCAGAAUCUCGGAAACUCGCCGGUUUCGGUGCUGGUGUUGGCCAACAAUAAUCUUGGGGGUUGCAUUCCAGGUAGCAUCGGUAACAUGUGGAAGACGCUCAACGAGAUCAUUCUGUUGAAUGACAAUCUCACCGGCUGCUUGCCUCCCCAGAUUGGCCGCCUACGCAAUCUCACCGUCUUUGAUGUGAGCUUCAACCAGCUUCAAGGCCCUCUGCCCUCCGCCUCCAUAGCCAAAAUGAAGAGCUUGGAGGAGCUGGACGUCGCCCAUAACAGAUUCACCGGUGUAAUACCAGCCAGCAUUUGCCAAUUGCCAGCCUUGCACAACUUCACCUAUUCCUUCAACUACUUCACCGGAGAGGCUCCUGCUUGCACUGCAACUCCUGUCUCUCAUAAUGGUAGCAAGAACUGCAUUCCUGGCAAGUUGGAUCAAAGAUCUACAAGGGAAUGUGCUUCCCCAGCUGCACGUCCCGUGGACUGCAGCAAGCUCAAAUGCGGAGGUGGCGGUGGCCGCGGCGGGUCUGUCACAAAGCCGCGCCCUCCUCGGGCUUCAACACCUCCAUCGCAAAGAAUUCCUGUUCCUAAAGUUGCUCCUCCUCCACCCCCUCCGACUUCAAAGUCAUCGCCUUCCACUAGAUCACAUCCUCCACCGCCAAUAUCAACACCAACAUCACCCCCGCCUUCUUCACCUUCACCGACCAAGUCAAAGCCGCCUUCACCUCCUCCACCACCUACUGAAAAAGUAUCACCCAGGACUCAUCUUCAUGUUCCUCCACCCCCACCGACCCAAAAGGUAUCACCAAGUACCCAUCUAGCUCCACCUCCCCCCAGUUCGACCCAUUUCAACUAUUCGUCCCCACCACUGUUACCAGUACCUGCACCAGCUGUACCACCGGUUUACCAUGCCUCCCCGCCUGAUCAUCACUCUCAUAUAGUGCCUCCAUCAUUCCCGUCACCAUCACCACCACCACCAAGUUAUCAUUCUUAUGCUUCACCACCACCGCCGCCGCCUCCACAACAGUCUGUUGAGAUUCCAACUCCUGCCCCACCAUCACCACAACACUACUACUCACCUCAUGUCCCACCAACAGAAGCUCCAAGCUACCAACAUUCUUACAGUUCACCACCUCCACCCCCGUCACCGCCUCCGCCACAGUACUCUUCCCAUGUCCCAUCUCCAAACUAUCAUCAUAGUCCGGGUUACACUUCACCUCCUCCACCUCCGCCCCCGGCCAAUGAACAUUAUACAAAAGCACCACCACCUUGGCACACUCCCGAGCAUUAUUCCCCACCCAAAACAGCUGAUAGUCCACCUCCGCCCCCGGCCAAGGAACAUUAUACAAAAGCUCCACCACCUUAUUGGCACACUCCCGAGCAUCAUUCGCCACCCAAAACAGCUGCUAGUCCACCUCCGCCCCCGACCAAUGAGCAUUAUACAAAUGCACCACCACCUUGGCACACGCCCGAGCAUUAUUCACCACCCAAAACAGUUGCAAGUCCACCUCCCCCUCCCCCAUCAGCUCCUAUUUCACCGACCGAGCCAUCACCUUCCCAUCCUCUGCCGCCCAUAGGCUGUAUCAUUCCAGCACCAAUUCUGCCACCUCCACCAAGCCAUCACCACUCACCUCCUCAACAAUGGCAUCAUCCACCACCACCGUCAUCGUCGCAUCAACAACCUCCUCCACAUGGUGAGCCCCCCAAGUUUGGUAACAACCCUCCGCUUCCACCAGUGAUUGGAGUCUCAUAUGCAUCUCCUCCUCCUCCUGCAAUUCCUUACUACUAAUUCCAUCAAUAUUGCUUAUUUUCUAUUUGACAUAUAUUAUUUAUAUAAGAAAAGAAUCACACUUCUUUUGCUGCAAAUUUAAAUGAUCGAGUAGAAAUUGAGAUUCAGCUCC